AUGCAGCAGCGCAGAUCAAAGACCUGGCCGCCGCCCACCACCAGCCACCCACAGGCGUGCCGCAACGUCGAGGAGCCGAUGGGAGGCGGGAAGGCAGUAGCGCAGAUCAAGGACCUAGCUGCCGCCCACCACCAGCCACCACUGACGUGCCGCAACGUCGAGGAGGAAUGCUGGAGAUGGGCGGAGCUCGUGUUGUCCUUGGGAUCAAAACUUUGUGAAACUCAGAAAAAGAAUCAUCUGGAGCUGAAGGGAUAUGAUUUGGACGACACACAGCUUGUGAAAAAGGUCAUUGGCAUUUCCCGUAGGGAUAUGGUUUCAAUGCUGGAUAUCAUCCAGUUGUCAAGUGGCAGUGAUGCUAGUUCAGGUGUUGAACAUGUUACCGACAAAGGAGUGAGGUUUGCAACUAAGGCAUUUCCAAACUUAAUUUUGGUUCGUCUGAUGGGAUGCCCGAUGAUCACGGACAAUGGCAUUCUUGAGAUCUCUAGAAGAUGCAGCGCAUUUAGCUCCCUCCACAUCGAGGAUUGCCCAUCCAUCACUGUUGCAUCCUUGCAGACUCUGGUGAAGCACGCUAAGAGACUCUCCUUUCUUUCCUUGGAUGCGUGCCCUCAAAUCUCGAGCAAUGCUAUCGUCUCCUUCAUGACCGAGAAGCCUGGUUUGGCCAGUGUGGAGCUCCAUAGCAUGGAUGUGGUACAGCAGAGUGCAGGAUCAGAAAUGGAAACAGCAAUGAUGUAUGUUCAUCUUGAGCUUCCACUGCUCAAGUGUCUAGUGAUCUGGGGCAGCACUGUGAAUCACCUUGACCUUAUACGUUUGCUGGGACCGAACACGACGCUCCAGAGCCUCAAUCUCGGAAGGGUCAGUUUCUCCUCUUAUGAGGGCUUGAUGAAGGUACUCUAUUGGUGUCAGGAGACCAUGGAAGAACUUACACUUGAAAAGUGCACUUUUGACGAGGCAUCGCCGCCCGGACUAGCCGACGACAUUGUUCCCCAGGACUGCCCGCAGAUGCGGAUGAUCAGGCUGGACGACUGCACAAACAUCGCAGACCGGUUCCUGUCGUGGCUCGCCAAAGCCUGCCCCGAGCUCAUGGAACUCAGCUACGCCAGGAUCGAGCACAAGAACGUCAUCAGUUCCCAACUCUUUGACGUCAUGUGCCGCUGCAAGAUGAUCACCAAGAUGGACCUGAGCUGGUGCGGAGGGGACGACGCCGCGGCCGACUACGUGAUCUCCUUGCUGGGGAAUACUCUCCAGGAGCUCGUCCUGGAUGGAUGGGCGCAGUUCAUUGGCCACCUCGAGGAGCCUCUCGGCAGGCGCUGCCCCAAGCUGGCGAGACUCAGCUUGUGCUAUACGGCCGUCGACGACUUUGCUCUGCGGCGCAUGAUGUCCAAGAAACUGCGGUAUCUUGAAGAGAUUGUGCUGGUGGGAACUAUGGUCACCGACGAGGCAAUGCAGUUGCUGCAGUGGCGGCAAUUGCCUAGCCUCCGGAAAAUGGACGUGAGGGAUUGCCUCUGUGUCACCUCGCACGCCGACGCCGCGCACGACUUCUUUGAUACAUUCAGCACUGAAUGGAGUGGCCUCUAG